AUAUGCUUGACGGUAUCUCACAAUACGCCCGAGGCCCCUGACACUUUUAUUCCGAGGUGAUCCGAGGUGCCGGUCACCAUGUCAGAGGACGUGUGUGUGUUGUGCGGCCAGCCGCCGUCGGCCGCCCCUGCGGACCUGUGGGACCUGACGGUGGCCGGCGGCCACCUGGCGGCAGAUGCCGUCCUCUCGCUGCGGCGACUGGACGUGACUGGUGCCGGCCGCCUGUGCGCCGACUGCGGCGCCCUGCUCGCCCGCUGGCAGCAGCUGCGCACCCAGUCCCAGCUGCUGGCUGCCGAGCUCGAGCUGGACUGCUGGAUAGCGCAAGAGCUCCAGCGCGACGCCACGGAGGAGGCGCCAGACCCUGCGGUGGACCCGCUGCCGUCGGGCGCAGGUCAGCCGAGGCGGGCGGAGGACCUGACGGACCCGCAGGCAGGCUCACCAGACCCGGAGAGGGACCCACUAGACUUGGAGAAGGACCCACUGGACCUGGAGAGGGACUCACAAGACCUGGAGAAGGAUGCACCAGACCUAGAGAAGGACCCACUAAACCCAGAGAAGGACCCAAUAGACCUGGAAAAGGAUCCGAUAGACCCAGAGAAAGGCCCACAAGACCUGGAGGACCCACUAGACCUGGAGAAGAACCUGUUAGACCUAGAGAAGGACUCACUAGAUCUGGAGAAGGACCCACCAAACCUGGAGAAGGAGGGACAGGACCUGGAAAAGGACUCGCUAGACUUGGAGACGGAUUCGAUAAGCAUUGGAGAAGACCAGACAGAUCUCGUGACCGAUCCAUCAAACCCGGACGGUAGCGCCUCGCACCUCGUUACCGAGGACGAGCUAGCAAACCUGGAAUCUGCCCCCAUAAACAUGGAGACUGAUUCAUCAGACGCCGUGACCGGUCGACCUGGCCCGGAAGUCAGCCCUGCGCCGCAGUCAACUGCGUCAGCAGUGCCGUCGGCCGGCCAGGCGGACUGUCCACCGCUCCUCGCCGGCGGUGCGGCGUGCGACCGCGAGCCGCCCCGCGGCAAGAUCGAGGCGCGUGCGGCACUGGAGCGGCGGGCGGCCAGGCUGGCGCGGCGGCUAGCCGGCCUGCUCGCCUCCGGACCGGCCGAGGAUGAGGAGAUGGUGUCGAUCACGUACAGCGAAGAUCACCUGUCGAAAGACAUGACUCAGUUCCGGUGCGUGCUCGAAUGCCAGCUGUGCCAGCGCCGCUUCCCGUCGGCCAAAGCCCUCCAGCCUCACCUGGAAUGGCACAAGGAGGGCAGACGCGAGUGUCCUCACUGCCGCCGUUGGCUGCGGGAGUCUGGCUACAAAGACCACAUGGCUGUCCACGGCCAAGUGGAACCCUUCCAGUGCGACAAGUGCCCGUUCAGCACCCCCCACCGGCAGUCGUUGGCCGGGCACCGGCGGGCUCACGCCGCUCGCCGGCCGGUGCACGAGUGCCCGGUGUGCUUCGUCGUGCUGCUCUCCAAGUACAGCCUCAAGGGCCACCUGGAGCUGCACUCGGGCGUGGUGCACAAGCACAGGUGCACGCUCUGCGACAAGGCGUUUAAGUACCCUUCUGCCCUCAAGCUCCACGUCAUGCGCAGUCACAAGGGUGGUCUGCCGAAGCCGCACAAAUGCCAGCAGUGCGGCCGCGGCUUCGUCUCGAAGUCUGCUCUUCGUUACCAUGUGGAAAGACAUCAAGAAGACCGCAAGCUUGAGUGCGACUUGUGCGGCAAGAAGUUUAAGAGUAGUUUGUGCAUCGCUGCGCACAGACGUAACGUCCACAUGGACCAGUCAGCGAGAAAGUUCGUCUGCUGCCGUCUGCUCCAGGCGAUUUACGAGCGGGUACGCUCUGAAGAUGCACCAGGACACUCACAAGCCAAUUUCGGAGAGGACUGGGUUCACGUGCAGCGUAUGCCAGAAGUGGGUACUCACCGCUGGGGGCCUCCACCAACAUAUGGAAACGCAUCGGCUCGCCAAAGCGUAUGAGUGCUCCGAGUGUGACAAGGCCUUCAACACCAAGAGUAAGCUCACCGCACACCUGAUAGUGCACUCUGACGCAAAGCCACUGACCUGUACAGUGUGCGGCGCGCGGUUCAAGCUCAAAG